UUUACCGAAGGGAAAUUAUGGUGGACAAAAAAUGAAGAAUUGUUUAUCUCAUACGAUACUGUAUGUUGUUGUCUUUUCAACCACCGUAAACGGAUGUACAUUUGACAGUGGUCUCAUUGGUACAUGGAAUAGUAAUGCAUUUGGAACAAUCACCAUAACCAGUACUACACUAACUUUGGGAGAACAUGCUUUCCAGAUAAAUAGUCAAUCGUCUACCGACUGGACAUGUUUUAAUGAUGCUACAUCUCCAUAUAUUAUAUUGCAGUCGGAACUUUUUCCUUUUUUUUCUACGCCAUCGUACGCUUAUAUCUGUAUGAAUGUUCAAGCAGAAAAUUCCAACAGUUAUUAUUUUUAUAUGCACUCACCUACAAAUAACCAGUUUUCUAACGAACGUAUAACUGUUUAUGCUGCCACAGCAACGCCCGGGAAUCCUGCUGCAGCAUUAUGUACAGAAACGCCAUCUACCGCUGAAUUCAUUAGCAUGGUUAACAUAGGGUCAGAAGAAAAUGCUUUGACCGAUUGUCCAUACCCUCUACACAGAAAUUUUACCUACAUCUUCAAUGAAGGAAGUGGAGACAAGUGCACUACAAACAGUUUUGUAUCUGCCUGUCCUGGACAACAAGAGAUGAAUUUUGAUUAUACAAAAUGUGUUGAGUCUAUUGCAUACUCGUCUGAAGGAAGAAUUGGCUGUGUUGCCACUAUAGAUGAUGGCUCAGGCACUCUGUACACAUCGUUGUAUAAUUUUGAUACCAGUGUAAAUGGGUUAACAACUUUUAGAUUUACAUGCGCUGCUGUUCAGGGUGUGUCGUCAGGAGAUGUACAAGUUAGUUAUGCACAAAAACGAUGUGAUGCGAAUCAGCCUUACAGCUCUAUACCUACUAAUGGUGCCCUACUGACACUCACACCUAACGGUAAGGUCAGCAAGUCUGUAACUAAUCCAAUGUGAAAUCACAGUCACUCACUGUAGUUGUUAAUUAAUACUUCAAAAUCACUGGAAUUCUGACGUCUGAAUACAUUUAAUAUAAAAUAAGAAGAUGUGGUAUGAUUGCCAAUGAGACUACUCUCCACCAAAUGACAUAGAAGUUAACAACUAUAGGUCACCAUACGGCCUUCAACAAUGAGCAAAACCCAUACCACAUAGUCAGCUAUAAAAGGCCACGAACUGACAAAUGGAAAACAAUUCAAACGAGAAAACCUGAUGUAUAUACAAAACAAUGAACGAAACCAAAUAUAAUAUACAGCAACAAACGACAACCACUGAAUUACAGGUUCCCGACUAAAGACAGGUACAAACAGAAU